UUCCUGGCCGUGACUGGGGAUUUUUAGGGUUUGAUGAGCGAUGCAGGGCAUUUUCGCCAGGGACGCCAGGCGCAAGCUCUGCGCGGCACUCUAUCAGCAGCACCACCACAGGCUGGCGCCGGUGGCAGCGGCGCUCGAUCAGGUCAGGGAAAUCUCCAGCUUGUCCGUCGAUGAGGGCUUGGCAGCGGCUCCCCCGGCUGCCAAGAGUUUUGAUCUCGCGUAUGGCAAGCCUCCCGCUGCGUUUAGUGCUGCUUGGGAUGGAAUGCGGCACUAUGGGAGGUGCUACUGGGAAUUGUCCAAAGCCCGACUCAGCAUACUCGUGGUGAUGACCUCAGGUGCUGGAUUUGUGCUGGGAAGUGGAAGCGUAAUCGACGUGCCAUGCUUGGGAUGGACUUGUCUGGGGACGAUGCUUGCCGCAGCAUCGGCAAACUCGUUUAAUCAGAUUCUUGAAGUGACCAAUGACUCGAAUAUGAAGCGGACAAUGAGAAGGCCACUUCCAUCAGGACGUAUAAGCAUGGAGCACGCGCUGGCAUGGGCUGGUACCAGCGGGAGCGUGGGUAUUAGCUUGCUAGCUUACCAGACAAACGCGACAGUCGCAGCUCUCGGUGCCGGGAACAUUUUGCUCUACACACUGGCCUACACACCAAUGAAGCAACUGCAUCCGGCAAAUACGUGGAUUGGAGCAAUUGUAGGAGCUGUUCCUCCACUUAUGGGGUGGGCUGCCGCAAGCGGCCAUCUCGAUCCGGGCGCUUGGGUGUUAGCCUCCGCUCUGUACUUUUGGCAGCUCCCGCAUUUCAUGGCACUGUCGUUUAUGUGCAGCAAAGACUAUUUGGCUGGAGGGUACAAAAUGGUGUCUGGACCAAAAGCUGCUCUUAUCGCUCUGAGAAAUUGCGCGUAUCUCCUUCCUGUUGGCUUUAUUGCUCACUAUGCGGGUGUGACGUCUGGAUUUUUUGGACCAGAGGCAGCGAUCUUGACUGCUGGAAUGGGAACCACUGCAGCCCUUUUUUACCGGGACCCCACUCUGCAACGAGCCAGGCAUAUGUUUCGGGCAAGUCUUCUGUAUUUGCCGGCGUUGAUGUUUGCGAUGCUUUUGCACCGUGUUCCCAACCGUAACACAGCAAAAGAGUCGCUUGAUAACACGGCUCCUUCCGGAAACGAGACAAGUUUAGAGGCCGUCAAUGACGCGUUACUUGAGACAAGCGGAAGUGAAAGGCUCGAAAAGAAGAAGUCAAAGCGCUCAAAUCCAGAGGACUACACUCGACCUCCGAUUGCUUACGCAUCUGCAGCUCCCUUUCCGUUCCUUCCAGUGCCUUACUUCCGUUAAAGCUUGCCGAGAGAGAGUCAACUUCCAUCACCAGGUUUUGCUACUGCCAGGUUCAAUAAGUACUCGAGAAGAUAAAGAGGUUCUUGUUGAGUUGUGCUAUUUGUAACUAAUACACUGGCUUUUCUUUUGUU